AUGUACAUCACUCUCUACUUCAUAGUCAUACGCCUCCCUGACUCUCUUCACGUAGUCAAGGACCACAUUCUCACCCUUGACCCCACAGACCUCACUGACGACCUGCUCGAGAAGCACCUCCUUGCAGCUGAGACUAGCAUAUUCGCUGUAGCUUGUUCUGCUGCUGCUGCUGACUUCCUUCAUGCUGAGGAGGUCGGAGGUGCGUCUGGUCUGGUGGGAGGCGUCGCAACGGCAUGGGCACGGGAGGCACGAAUGGUGGAGGUGGCGGUGGGGGAGGUGGUGGUGGAGGCGGUGGAGGCGGUGGAGGUGGCGGUGGUAGCGUGGUGGGAGUGGGGGCGUCCGUGGCGGCAGUGGUGGCAGCGGUGGGGGUAG